AUGUUUAAAAAGAGAAAAAAUAGAGAAACUGAUAAAUUCGAAACUGUUGAAGUUCCAUAUUAUUCGAAAUACGACAAUGAAGAUGAAAAUGAAGAAGAAAAACCAAGUAUCUUAACGGCACCUCUUUUAGGAUCAAACACUUGCGUAUAUAAACUUCAUGGUUCUUUAUCACAGCAACAACGUGCAUCUACAUUACAAUCAUUUAUAAAAGAUAAAUCUGAAGGUAAAGAUUCAGCGAAACAUUCUAUAUUAUUCUGUACAGAUGUCGCCUCUCGUGGUUUGGAUUUACCAAACAUUUCCAGUGUUAUUGAGUACGAUCCACCUUUCAGUGUUGAAGAUCAUUUGCAUAGAAUUGGAAGAUCUGCAAGAGUUGGUAAUGAAGGUAGUGCUGUUUUAUUUUUGUUACCUGGGAAUGAAGAAGGUUAUGUUGAUGGUAAAAUCAAGGUGGUUCAUCCCAAGGAGGAUAACCUCAGAAUCAUCAGCUAUGAGGAUGUUUUGAAAGAAGGUUUUGCUGAACCUGAAGAAGAACAGGAAGAAAAAAAGGCAUCUGGUAAGGUAGACCCCAAGAAGAAAUUCGGUAAAUGGGAUAUUCAUGCUACCACAUGGCACUUGGAUGUUGAAAGAUGGUUAUUGGAAGAUAGCACUGCUCACGACCAGGCGGUACAAGCAUUUACUUCACAUAUUAGAGCAUAUGCUACUCAUUUAUCUACAGAAAGGAGUUUCUUUAAUGUAAAAUUAUUGCAUUUGGGUCAUUUGGCUAAAAGUUUUGGUUUAAGAGAAACCCCUAAGAAGCUCGGUAAAUCCGUAGGAAGCAAUACAGCAUUCCAAGAUGGAGCAAAUAGUAGUAAAAAAAUUAAGAAAGAAGAUCCAAGGAAAAAGAUGUUAAGAAUGGCAAAAAUGGCUCUUAAUUCAAAUAGUAGUGAAUUUAACUAUUAG